AUGGGUGCUGCGAGGGUAACUGGACUUAAAUGGACGGUUCCCCCGGCCGCCCUAGCUGCAUAUACUGUGGGGGAAUGGUCUCACCCCAGAGCGAAAGCGCGCUUCAGCACCUCCAAAUCGCAAGUUACGGAUGAUCCUAAGUCCAGUGCAUCUUCAGGUCUCCCUGACCAAGAGAAGGACUAUGGCUCCAUCUGGAAUAACAUUGUGCACAAGCUGGAUGGCGUCAAGCAUACUGUUGGCUCUGCUGAAUGGGUAGACGUGGGCAGCAUUACCAACAUGAUUAUUCCGGACUGGGCAAGGUUUAUCCCAGCUACUGUACAUAAGCUCCAGCGAGAGCUCUCUCUAUCUCCUGGCUCAUUGGCGGAUGAUAUCUGGAAGGAGGCGCAGGACCCGGAUAUCAAUCCUGAAAUUCUGCUCGAUGCUAAGGUACGCGUGAGCGGUGAUCUCUGUGAUGAGGAGCAGAUGUUCCGGCGCCAUCGGCAAAAGAAAGUCGUGAAGGCAUUGGCAUCAUACCUCGGCAUUGCCGAGGAGGAUAUCCAUCCUGACGAUGUCCCAGUCAUUGCCAUGUGUGGCUCUGGAGGUGGUCUGCGCGCACUUGUUGCGGGUACUGGCUCGUAUCUGGCAGCGCAGGAAGCAGGGCUGUGGGACUGUGUCACCUACACUGCCGGUGUCAGUGGCAGCUGCUGGCUGCAGACUCUGUACCACUCGUCCAUCGCGCAUCGGGACUUCAACAAGCUGGUUGAUCACUUGAAGAAUCGGCUUGGUGUUCAUAUUGCAUUCCCGCCUGCAGCCCUUAAUCUGCUGACAACUGCUCCGACAAACAAACUCCUUCUUAGCGGUUUUGUGGAAAAGUUGAAAGGCGACCCUGGAGCGGAUUUCGGACUGGUGGAUAUCUACGGAUUGCUCCUCGCAGCGAGACUAUUGGUUCCGAGAGGAGAGCUUGGGGUUUCAGAUCGGGAUUUCAAGCUCUCCAACCAAAGAGUCAAUUUGAUGGAUGGAGCCCAUCCGCUUCCUAUAUACACAGCAGUCCGCCAUGAGAUCCCUGUUCUCGAUGACGAGAAUACCAAGGGCCAAAAAAAGCCCACACCCGAACAGCUGAUGAGGAAAUCACGAAACGAAGCGUGGUUUCAGUGGUUCGAGUUUACUCCUUAUGAGUUUUUCUGUGAAGAACUCAAUGCCGGCAUCCCUACCUGGGCACUGGGUCGCCACUUCAACGCAGGUCGCUCUGAAGUUACUUCUGAAUAUCUCCCUAUUCCAGAGUUGAGAGUUCCCGGGCUGAUGGGGGUCUGGGGCAGCGCUUUCUGUGCAACUUUGUCCCAUUAUUACAAAGAGAUCCGACCACUGGUCAAGGGUCUUGCUGGCUUUGGUGGUGUCGAUUCCCUCAUCCAGGGCAAGAACCAAGAUCUGAUCAGAGUGCACCCCAUUGAUCCUGCGGGCAUACCAAAUUAUGUGAUGGGCAUGAAAGAUCAACUCCCCGAUUCCUGUCCAGAGUCUAUCUUCCGAAACAACCACUUGCGUCUUAUGGACGCAGGCAUGAGCAACAACCUCCCAAUCUACCCACUUAUUCGACCCGGACGUGAUGUCGAUAUCAUUAUUGCAUUUGAUGCAUCUGCAGACAUCAAACAAGAGAAUUGGCUUUCUGUCGUGGAUGGAUACGCCAAACAGCGUGGUAUCAAAGGCUGGCCAGUCGGCGCCGGCUGGCCCAAAGCGAACUCAAGCAUCGCGGAUGCUGAAAACGCCCUGCGCGAACCCCAAAAUAUCACAGACGUCCAAGCAACCAAAAAACUCAACAAAGCGAAAAGUGAUGGCUCGAGCAAGCCACUCUCUGACCAAAAUUCCAGCGCCAGUACGGAUCUAGGCUACUGCAACGUCUGGGUCGGUACCACAGAAGAGCGCACCUCAAACGAGGAACCUCCACCAUCGAAACGGCUCUUCGAUCCUCCCCAUAGCGAAGACCACUCAGAAUCAGACUUCCACCUCAUGCGCCCAGACGCCGGUAUCGCCGUGGUCUACUUCCCUCUCCUUCCAAACCCGGACGCGCCAGACGUCCCACCCAAGCCUCAAACUCGUCCCCGUGCAGCAGCCCACUCUAUGAGACAGGAUGCCUCCCAGACCAAAGACCCUGAAAAACCGCUCGCUCCUCACCCCAAUUCGAUUGAUCCCGAGGUUGAUGAUUUCUUGUCUACGUGGAACUUCAUCUACACGCCUGAGCAGAUUGAUUCCGUUGUUGGUCUUGCCAGGGCCAACUUUUCUCAAGGUGAGGAGCAGACCCGUCGUGUUGUCCGCGCUGUUUACGAGCGGAAGAAGUCCGAUCGUUUGAAUAAGGAGGCGCAGGAGCAUCGGAAGAAGAUGGAGGGCUUUGUUCCUCUGUAA